AUGAAUCUCGCUUUAGAAACUCUUGAUCGUGCUGUGCGCGCACUGUUUACGCCUGGCGUUGCCUUCGCGAGCUCUUCACUCCACCCACUAUGCGAGUGUAUUAUUCAGCAAGCUCCGAAUUCUGAAUGGCAAUAUCUGCAUCGUUUUCCGGUGCUCAAACGCCACGUAUUACGUCAAUUUUGGUCCGUGGCAGUAGAAAUGGAAAAAAUACCUCAAACGCCUCGUAAAAGGAAGAAACGGAGCAAUAUUCAGCAUAUAAAUGAUGUAAUCGAGUACAAAACCGUUUGCUUGGCGUCUCUAUGUCAAAAAUUGGCUCAAUGCGAGCUAUUGACUCUCAAUGAUGUGGAAUUGAUGGAGAGGUUAGUGAACCUCGAGUCUCUCGAGGUUCUGCAGCAUCUCAUUGGUAGGAGGAUGUUACCGUUGAGGCUGAGGAUGAUGCUACUGGGAUUUACAUUGCGAAACCAACAGGAAAAGUGUCUAGAGACUGUAGUACAGAAUUGGAUUCAGCAAGUGGGUGGAAAGCUACUGGAAGAAGUUCUAGAGACUACGGCAAGCAGAGGCUCAACUAAGAUCCCUUUACGGUCAACGCGAUCACAAUCAGCUGAUAAAGUAGUGAGAAGAGAUAGUGAGACGAAGUUGUGUGGGUUUUGUAGAGGCGGAGCUGUCAGUGCAGAGGCAUUACAUUCGAGUUUUGGUCAGUGGGACUUUCUCGUGGAAUGUACGCAGCAAACUGCCCAAGCGUUGGAAAAAUCUGGAGAAAGUUAUGAGACAAAUCAGGCGAUGAUUGCAUUGUCGGCAUUUUGGCAGUCGUUGCCGGUUGCUGCAUUAACAGCAAGUGUGAAGACAGGUCGAAAAAGGAAGAGAUUAGAGAUACCCCUGACAAUCGAAAAGGGUUCUGAGCUAUCGAUGUCUGUCGCGACAUAUACAAAAAUUUGCAAAUAUACUGUGGGAUCGUCAGCGGGUAAGACGGAUGCAUUUCAGAUAAUGUGGACAAGCGUUUGGGAUCGCGAAUUCGAGUGCAUGGUACACGUAAAACAUGUCACUUUGGCUGAUGCUGUUCGUCACUGCUCGACAGUCGACGCGUUUACUAGUAUGGCGCUGUUGACUGAAGCAAAGGAGCAAGUAACUUGUCUACCAGGGUUUUGUGCUGUGGUGAAGGUAAUUCAAUCAUUGUGCGCUAGCGUUUUUGAAAUUGUAACAGCUUUUGCGCACGUUUGGGAUAGUGCGGGUAGUGGUGCAUUUACUUGUGUUACAUCUCCCACCAGAAAAGGCAUAACGCCAACAAAACGCGUUUUACAGUCAUAUUUAAGCGAACUAAUGAAGGCACCAACUACGCGACAUGUAGCGACUUCGUCAUCAGUGAAGAAGGCUCCUGAGUCGAGAAGAGUAUCACCGCUGAAACUUCUUUUUUUUCUCUACCAUUUAUUUUUGCCCAUGCCGCACGAGCAGCAAGACGGCAGUUACUUUAGGCAUUGGGAUGCUCUGAUGAUUCAGCUUGUGAGUAAUUCUAUAACAAAAGGGUCUGCUAAGGAUGGGAUUGCUUGGUGUCUUCUUCUUAAGAAGUGUGUUCUUGAUGCCAAUGCUGAGGCAUCAAUGGCAAUGUGUUGUGAUCGUAAUUUUUUGAGAGCAUUUGAGAGGUAUUGUCACUCCAUUAUGUAUGAAAUCAUUGUGCAUGGCGGUGAAGUCGUAUCAAGCGGUGGUACAAUGCGACUGCUGCUUAUAACUGAGGAGCGUGACCGCUCUGAAGUACGCCAAGUACUUGUGCAGAUGAUGACCAUUUUUGGAAAAGACUGGAUUAUUGGACUCAUUGUUUUAUUGCUUCGAGCGAAUGCAAGCUUGCGCUCCAAAGGCGAUUUCAAUGCGCGAGGACUGAAAACUCUGUUUUUUCCAGCGCUAGUUUCAUUUAUGAAACAAAGUAACCGGGCCGACGUCGAGGAACGAAAGACAGGGCAACAGCAAUUUACUGUUUUUGUACAUUCUGUCAAUAUCAUAUUGAAUGAAAGCGAGCCAACGCCACUAUAUCUUGUUUCUUUGAUGCGAUUUUGUGAGGCAUGGGAUGUAUAUCAAAGCUCCCAUACAAAGGAAGCACCUACGAUAGCCAACAAGUGGGGUUUUCGUGCCAUAGUUGAUCUGGGCGUUUUGCCGGAACUACUGGAGUGUUACAGCAGAGAUGAAGUGAUACAUCAAGAGACAAGUGAAGCACUUACGUUUGUAGCAGAGGUGCUACAAAAUACACCAAACUGUCCACACACAUUGGAAGCAAGUCUUUUCAAAGUCCUAUCUGCUGUCAAAACAAAUGCUGAACAAGGCAAAUGUGUGCUACCAGUAACUGAUCACGUACUUGUAUCGCAUUCUAGUAAUGUGCUUCAACGUCUGCUUCGUGCAGUAAGGUUUGCUGGUGUAACGCAGACUCGUCAGCUGAUGAGUCAACUUAAAGAUGCCGUGGGGACUUUGGGGGAAUUAAGACAACAAUUAACGCAAUGGUUUUCUUUUGUCGAGAUAAAUGGUGCAGCCUUUGCUGGCAAAGAAUCGCGAUUGGAGCUGUCAUUGUUGUGUACUAGGCUUAUCCGGUGGUUUCCGAACGAAUUUGAAAAUAUGAAAUUUUUGCUCAUGACUCCGCUAGACUCCCACCUAGUUUUUGCCUUAAAAGCUUUUGUGAAAGAAGUCGGAAGAUCGAGCAACAAGACGCGUCAGUCUGUUUUGAGUUCUACAGCAAGAUCUUCGUUGCAAUCAGCUGUUCGAGUUGAAAUGUCUUUGCAUUCUUAUCUUGCGACGGCAGCGUUUCCCGACCUCGAAACACUCACCGUCUUGCUAGCAAAGGCGAUUGUCAAAUGUCGUUCACCUGAUGCAUUUGACCACCUUACGAAAGUUGCUGAAAAGAAUGGCCGUAUGUUACUACCUGAAGCCGCAGUAACGACUCUAAGCUCCCCACUCAGGGGCAUAGAAUUUUCGAGUUCUGUUUUUACCCAACAAGAUGAAGACUGCGAUGACGAUGAACAUUUUAAAAACCAUGCUCGGCGCACCAAAUCGAUUAUUUAUCAAGAGAACACGUUGAAAUUUUUGGCGGACUCUGCAUCCAUCUUCGCUGGAGAACUUUCGUGGUCGACGGUAUUAUUUGGUGGACAAUCUGCUAUCAUUUGGCUUCCUUAUUUAUUCGAGUACGUUUUAGAGACCGACUUUUGCGAAGGUAUUCUUCAAGCUGAUAUGCUUUUUAAAUGCUUGGAUGAUUUAAUACGGAGAGCUGGCUGUGGCGACAAAGUGCUUCAGGAGGCAUAUUGGUUAACUUCCCUGCUGAACACAGCUCUGAUUGCGUGUUCAUGUCGAUGUGCUGGUGCAUGUACGAAUUUAGAUGAAAGCGUUUCAAACAGACUGCGUCAAAUUGUUCGAAAUGUGCUGCAGGUAAUUUCGUUACCUUCCGACACAACUAUGGCAACAAUAACAUGUAAUAAGAGUGGUGCUGCCAGUCAACUUAGCGGAAUACUGGUUCUGCGGAAUUUGUCAAAGGUUGGAAACUUGAUCAUCAAGGAAGAUAAUGCGAGUUGGCUCUGUGAGCGUUUCAUCGGUGAGAAGGCUGAUAAUGCGUUGCGAACGAUCGUGUCUGCGGCUUGGAAUUCUGAAAUGAAUACUUUCCAAGCCACGGUAAUGCAGCCUUCACUGCAGCUUUUUGUGCCUUUCUCACACUGGAUGUCGGGAGCUCUGGUUUAUUCGCAGUCGUUUUUGGAGGAGCCUUCCGCAAGGAUGAGACGCUGGGAGCGCACGUUUACAAGCUAUGUGACCGAUCUGUACUUGCACCUUGAAUUUGAAGACGUCAUCUGCGAUCUGCUGCGAGCAUGGUUAACUACUUGGAUUACUUGCAACAUUGAACGCGGGCGGGAUAAGGUACAGCUCCUCGCGCUAUUGCCGUCACAAGUGGCAUUAUUCCGCCGCCUCGGCUCGACUCCGUACCGCAGUUCAUCUCAUGGACAGGUUCAAGACUCAACAUCAAUUUGGCAACUAGUUUUUGUUACUAUCAACCUCGCUGUAGAUAUACAAAGAGACUCCGUGGCCGCCGAGCAAGCUACUGAGCUUGUCGCCAGUACACUGACGACCCUCGAACUCGUCGAGCUAUCUGCAUCUUUCGAUUUCGUGCCCUUUAGUGACGCGCGAGAUAUUGACAGAUUCCAUCAGGAGCUGGAAAAAUUCCUGUUGCGACCCGAGCUUCGUGUUUGCGGUAUCGCGCAAAUGUGUUGUUUGCUACAGUACCCUCUAGAACUCUUGGUGUGCUGCUACGUGUGCAAGAUCCCAGCAGCAUUUGUAGUAGAGUCGCAGCAAUUCCUCUACCGUGUUGAGAGCGUGCUUCGAAAAAACUUUGGCGUCAUUACUAUCAACGAGUUCCGUGGUCACACCAAAGACUUUACACUGCAAGAAUCGUUACGUACAAAGGACCGAAACCGUCUCAAUCUGGUCACCGUGGAUGUGACAGAAAUUGAAGCGUUUUUCCAGUACUGGGAGGAUGAAAUGUUUCUCAAGUACGAUUAUAUCGAUCGAGAGCGGUGUGUAGCUGUUCUCAAGGUAAUUCAUGCAGCAAUGGUGCAUCGUAGGAAAUAA